GGACCUCGAUCGCCCGGUUAUUCCCCAGGCCAUAGUAGUCGAACAGUUCCGCGACUAUCAUCCUGAGAAAUUCUUCGAUCAGGAAGUUCCCCGUAUUGUGGACGAGUGGAUUCAGGGCCUUGAAUUGAUUUUUGAGGUCAUGGAUUAUCCAGAUCGCUAUCGCGUUAUAUGCGCACAGCUUCAGUUAACCGGUGAUGCUCGACUCUGUUGGAAUGCCUACUGGAGCAUGCGUCCCGGUAAGAAAGAAGGUUGUACUUGGGAUAGGUUCAAGGAGUUAAUCCGCGAGAAGUACUAUCCCACGUACUACCGAGCCGAGAUGGAGCGUCAGUUUCUGUCGCUCAAACAGGGUACUCGUUCUGUUGAUAAGUACGAGAGGGAGUUUACUAGACUUGCAGCUUUUAUUCCGAACUUGGUGCGUACGGAGGCACAGAGGGCACAACGCUUCAUCGACGGGCUUUACCCAGCAGUCCGUCACAACAUUGUAGGUCACGGGACCCAGACAUAUGCUCGUGCUAUUUCAAUUGCCAGGAAGUGGACGCCAGCAUACGGAGGGAGGCAAGCCGCGACCGUUCCCAACCAUCCGCCCCUGCCCAGUCAUCCACAGCUCUACCAACUCCACCAGCUGCCCAACCGUCAAAGGAGAAGAAGAGAAAGGGGAAGGGUGCCCAGACCGACAGGAGGACCCGCCAGAGGCAACAGCAGGUUCCACCGUGCCCUACUUGCAGACGACUUCACCGUGGAGAGU